AUGAUAGCUGUGGUGAGAAGGAGACUGGAAACUCAUAUGAAACCUAAUUUUAUAAACUUUCUUGGCAUCCAAAACGACGCAAAAUUCUUCGUUGGCCCACCGCCUGGCCGUGUUGGUCCAACUAAUGCAAUGGGCAGCCUGACGUCUGAAUGCCAGAAAGAGGAUGCAGCUUUGGAGUAUGUCUACUGCAGAGGUGCUGUCACUGAGUUGCUUAAAUACGGGCAGAGAGACCUGCACACAGCUACCAAAAACUCUAAUUCACCCCAAGUACUCAUCCUCAUUAUCCCAGGCAACCCUGGCGUAGUGGGAUUUUAUAAGACCUUCAUGUGGACAUUGUAUCAGGCAUUCCACCAACGAUUCCCAGUCUGGACCGUGAGUCACGCUGGACACUGUGCACCUCCAGACACAAUGGAUAUGGUUGAAGAUGCUCCGGUGGCCGAGUCAGAGGAUGUGUUUGGCUUGAACGGGCAGAUUGAGCACAAACUGAGCUUCGUCUUAAAACAUGUGCCACGAGACACACACCUCGUCCUGAUUGGUCACUCAAUCGGCUGCUACAUCAUUCUGGAGAUGAUGAAGAGAGACCCAGAGUUAAAGGUGGUGAAGUCCGUGCUGCUGUUCCCCACUAUUGAGCGCAUGGCCUCUAGUCCGCAGGGCAAGGUCAUGACUCCUGUGCUGUGCCACCUGCGCUACGUUGUCUACUUGCCCAUCUUCCUGCUCUCUCUCCUACCUGAGAGGCUGAAGGCUGGCAUGGUGCAGCUGGUACUGAGGAACAUGCGUUCACUAGACACAUCCUGCGUCCCAGCCACCCUCAGCUUGAUCAAUGUGGACUGUGCUGCUAAUGCUAUGUAUAUGGGGAGUCAAGAAAUGAGGAUGGUGCUAGAUCGAGAUAACUUGACCAUACAGCAACAUCUUGACAAGCUUGUUUUUUACUACGGAGCCACAGACCACUGGUGCCCUGUGCAGUACUACCAAGAUAUCCGAAGAGACUUUCCUGAUGGAGACAUUCGUUUGUGUGAGCGCGGUCUACGCCAUGCAUUUGUCCUGGAUGCGGGUGAAGAGAUGGCCAACAUGAUCACAGAGUGGAUCCGUGAUGACCUAAGAGGAUUAUAGUACUACUAGUUUCAAGGCAAACCUGACCACUGACCUACACAGGCCCUGUGUUCCAGUGCAGUUCACAGUGACUUACGAGGAACAGAGUAUCAAAGACCUUUUAAAGGCCUUUAUUUUGGUGUUGAAACCCAAUGCUUCUCAAUGAACACUUGAAAAUGCCCAGAUCCUCAAAUUUGCUUCUUAAAAUAAGAAUUUUUAAAUAAGUGGCUACUCUACCCUUAACAUAUUAGUACUAUCUUUAGAAAUGUGAUUCCUAUGCCUCUCACUGCUUGUUCUAUUAAGAUUUCCAAUUAACUUUAGUUUCUUCCUAACCCCUGGCCCUGUUUUUUUUUGUUUUGUUUUUUUUUCAGUGAUUGGAUUUUGUCUUUAAUAGUUAAGAAAUAAUAUUUACUGUGACCACCAUAAUAGCAUGAAUUAGAGUAAGUCAAUAAGCACACACUUGAUGUUUUGAGACCAAAGUUUUCCUAUAUUGUGUAAAACUGAUUAAAAGAUGAAAGGACAUUUUUAAAAAAAAACAUGAUAUGUCAUUGCAACAAAGCACAGACAUCCAUAGACUCAAAUCUUGUAUUUUGUCUUGUAUUGUGUAUUGUAUGGAUGCAUUACUGUGCAAAAAAAGUAAUUUAACAUUAAUGGUUGAACUAGUGGUUUCAACUAGUAAUAAAUUAUUCUAAAAUAAUAUUGUUCAAGCUUGUACAACAUUUGUCAUGCUAUUCUGUUUAUAAAUACUUUCAAAAUAUUCUGAAGGACGGUUAUAAAACACCUGUUUAAAAAGUGAUGUGGAAAAUUUUUUAUAAAGUAAUGCUGACUAUUACAGUGAUUUAUUCAACUAUAAAUAUGUUGCACGCAUGUGUUUUCCAUCUCCAGUGAAAACAUAGAUCAUAAGAAGACCUUAAAUGGGGAUUUGAUUUGUUUUUUGGUCAAAAAAUAGCAUUUUGGCAUGGUGGCAAGAAAGCAGAAUAAGUGCGUACUGGCAGGAGUCAAAUACUACAGGCCCUACAACAGAAAAUUAGAGCUUUUGAGAACACAGAAAUGAAUUUCAUGGGUCCCAUGCACUUUUCAGUGCACUGAAUUCUCAUUCGGUCUAUCUGCAGGAGUCACCAUAUGGACAGUGCUUAGCAACAUCAGGCUUGUCAUUCUGCCUUGGUUAUACUGUAUUUACAUGCACAACAUACCGAGACUAUGGAACAGUGUUGUGCCUGAAAAGCUGUUAUUCUCUUAUACUGAUAAUCAUGUGAACAAAACAGGGCUAAGCUUUAAGAAAAACCUUGUUGCACAGUUUUCACUGGUUAAACAUGCAGGUGUCCCUCAAUAACCCACAAAUCCAGAACAGUAGGAAGUAACAUAAACCAGUCAGUCAUAACAAACAUCAUAAAUCACAUUGUUUUGCUUUGUUUUGGGUAUGACUAUAUUCCUGUCUAUAGCAAUAGAUAAAUCCUUUGGAUUUCAACAUUAUCAUCCCCGAACCAGAUGGUUUUGUGUCAUUUUGACACCAGAUAUACUGUAAGUAUUAGUGAUUUCAUGAUUCAUAAUUAAACUUCACAUUCAAGCAUGUCCCAUAGGUAUCAUACUAGUGAACAAUAUCUUGUGUUGGUGAAAAGCUGAACAAAUGUAGAGUAAAACAUCUCCAGCUGAUCCGGUCUGUUGGACAUCCCAUAGGAAAUGUAAACCCUCAACAUGUAAACCCAGGCCUCUUUAAUCUCCCUCUUCUGCCUGUUCAGAAAAGAAUGACAAAGCCCCUUAAUUUGCUUAUCCUUGAUUUAAACCAGGAGGCAGGGCUAGUUCAUAGAAGGAAAUUGAGUAAUCCUGUCCGGGUGGAUUGAAUUGUGGCAAAGCAAACAAGCUUUACUGUUUUACAUUUUCAAAGUGGUUUGGGUUUUUUUUUUUUUUUGUGGCAAUGAAGUAUCGACCCAGAUAUAUACAUGCUUUUUCCUGCCAAAGAUCAUCUGUAACGGAUCAAGUUUGUUCCAUUGGUCUUUGUUAGGUAUUGUUUUGACAUAGUAAUAGUUACUCUUUUCCCCCCUUUCAGUUUUUGUACCAGUGUAGCUUUAUCUAAUCAACCUUGAUCUAUAAGUGUUUGCACUGUAAUAGCGGGCUGUCUUUUCUAGGAAAUCAUUCUCACAUUUUUGAGAUAUGUUGUAUGGUAAUUAUAGGGUGCAUCAAAUGAAAACCAUCAAUUAGAAUUGAAUUUUUAAAAAAAUUUCAAGAGGAACCUGGACACUUGUUAAGUACUGGAACACUUGUGUUGAACAAAAUGGUGAUUGUGUAGGAAAAUGAUACACUUUGGUGACACUGAUUCACAGUAAACAAUGCAAAAUAAACUAAUUAAGGUUUUCAUUUGA